UCGCUGCGACGCAUUCAACCCGAAUCCCGCAAUGUGGUGGCGUCGUCGUGUCCAGCUACUAAUAGCCCCCCUGUGGUUCCACUGCUGCUGUUGGGCCCAGCCGCCACUCCCAACGCAGCCGCUGGUCAACCUGGCCGACAUCGUGGGUGUGGUGCUGCACACCCACUUCCGGACACCGUUCGCCACCACCCUGGUGACGGUGCGUAGCGCCACCCAGCGCGGGGCCUGGCUGCAGCAGGACCUGCUCGAGCGGCUGCUCGUCCGCCACGGCCAGGGCCAGCUGGUGGUGCAGCUGGAGGGAGUGCCGUCGCCGGUCCAGCUGCUGCACCGCCAUCCGCCCUGGUCGCGCACGCUGCUGCUGGCGGAAAGCUACGACGCCCUGCGGACCGUGUUCGGCCAGCUCACGCCCGACCGGUUCGACUUUACCGGGCGCUACCUGAUCGCGCUCAGCGAGGCGCCCGCCACCCUCGCCACCGUCGACCGCAUCUUUCACGAGCUGUGGUUGCGCCAGAUCGUGAACGUGGUCGUGGCGCUGCGCCCGCUCGACGACGACCAUUCCUCCGCGGCGGCGGCGGCCGGCCCGGUCCAGCUCUGGACGUACUUCCCGUUCUCGCCCGGUCUGUGCCGCAUCCCGAAGCCCCACCUGCUGUUCACCUGGCCGAACGAUACGCUGCUGUACGGGGUCGACUUCUAUCCGCGCAAGAGCGACCAGUUCCACGGCUGCCCGCUGCGCGUGGGCAGCUUCGAGACGCGCCCGUUCACCAUCCUGGCCGGCGGGGACGGCGCGAACCCGCCGGCGGUGGGCGGCUUCGAGGGCGACCUGCUGCACAGCCUGUCCGCGCGGCUCAACUUCCGGGAGGACGUGCGGGUGCCCCCGCGCGCCCAGCAGUGGGGCGAGGCGGCGUUCGAGAACAGCACCGGCCUGAUGCGCAUGCUCUACACGGAGGAGGUCGACUUCGGCCUCUCCUGUCUCGGCGUGUCGGUCGAGCGGUCCGCCAUGCUGAAGGCGGGCAAGGUGCACUUCACCACCGACCUGGUGGUGGUGGUGCCGCCCGGCAAACCCUACACCGCCUUCGAGAAGCUGUUCCAACCGUUCCAGCCCCCGGUCUGGCUGGCGGUUGGGUUCUGCACCGGGGUCGGGCUCGGGGUGCUCGCCACCCUGCGCCUCCUGCCGCUGGACGGCCGCCGGCGGGCGACCGUGCGGCGCUACGUGGCGGGCGACGCGCGGCUCCAGGCGCCCGCCCUCAACCUGGUGCGCGUCCUGCUCUCCUCCCCGCUGCCCUUCACCCCGACCGGUACCUUCCCGCGGACGCUGCUCGCCCAGUGGAUGCUGGUGUCGCUGCUGCUGAGCCUGCUGUACCAGGGUUCACUCUUCCAGUACCUCCAGCGGGCCUCGACCCACCCGCCGAUGCGCACGCUCGCCGAGAUCGAUCGGGCCGGCGCGCUGUACCACAUCGCGAGCUCGGCCCGCCGCUUCUUCCUGCCCUAUCCGCAGCGGCUCUCGCGGCUCCGAUACUUCCCGCCGGUGCCGGACAGCAUUGCCGCCUGGCUGCGGUGGAUGGGCAGCCAUCCGGGCGAGCCGCACGUCGCCAUGUGCACCCGGGACCACGUGGCGUACCAUAACGCGCAGCACGGCCGGACGGACGGCCGGCAGCUGCUGAUAGCGCGCGAAUCGAUGGCCCUGUACGCGAUCACCAUCCUGUACCCGAAGCGGUCCAUGCUGACCGCCAGCUUCGACCAGCACAUCGAGCGGAUCGGCUCGUCCGGCCUGCUCAAGUACUGGUCGGCCCGGUACGGGGACUACCACUUUGGGGAGUCACGCGCCUCCUCCUCCUCCACGACCGACCAGCGGGCAACGGCGACGGCCGGACCGCGACCGGUCAGCGUGGAGCAGCUGGCCGGCGCACUACAGCUGCUGCUCGGAAUGCUGCUCGCCGCGACGCUCCUCUUUCUGGUGGAGCUUGGCUGGGCGCGACACACGCGACGAUGGAGACACAACUGCUAGAAUUUGACGCACAUAACGCGUUUAUUUACAUACAAAAGAGGAAGGACAAAAAUAGUAAAAAGCUCCCCGGUAUACUAAGGUACCCAAACUAAUAAGAACAGUGUCACUUAAUAAAAGAAAUACAACUGAGCGAAACAUUGAGUUACCUAAAUUGAUUCACAAGAAAACGACACAACUUCUACCGAUGUGAAAGUAGAAACAAAGGAACCGAUUGAGAAGAUCAAAAAGAACAAGAAGACGAUGAUAAU